AUGUUCUCUUGUUCCUUGCACUUGAUUCUACUGCCCGCCUAUCAAGCCGAUUGCCUACCUCGAAUUCAGCGUCCUGUGUUUGGUGCUUCCUCUAUAGCCAAACGAACUAGUAGUUCGAGCAGUGGAUUCGCCAGUCUCAGCAUGACCGGAGGUGCCGGGGGUACGAGUAGUUGCUGUGGUGGAGGCGGUGGAGCCACUCGCUCUUCUCUUUCCACAAGUGCCUCCUCCGCCUCUUCUGUAUCUGCAGCCUCUCUCGCCAGCAUGACGAUCGGUUCGCAUCAUUUGACCCGUAGCAACGGGCUGGCCAGCUCUCCUGCGAGGCCUGGCCGCGACAGUGACCCAGCCGAGACGGAGAUGGCAACAGGACCAACAGCGGUUGCUGUGACUUGGGAAGCAAACAGUGAGGGAGAGCGUACAAUUUGGCGGUCGGAGCGCAAAAGUACUGGGCCAGAUGAGGAGCAAGAAAACGAUGACCACUGCGUCUUGACCGACACAAACGAGCCCGCCUGGGAGGUCGGACUGUCGUGCGACGCCGCCUGGGAGGCUGGUGUUGUACAUCAUAGCGCAUCUAAGCACAUGGUGCUUGCGUACUCUUGCCCACGAGUCUAUCAACACGCGGUGGCCAAAAUAAUGGCCGAUCGAGGCGAACUGGAGCAUUCAGGCGAGCAUUGCGAACGUAGCCUGACUACGCAGAAAAUGAGACGUCGGCUGAUACAAGAGCGCCAGUUUCGGUUCAAGGAGGGAGCCGGAAAGGUGAGAUGGGCGUCUCAGCCUGUAUUAAGGCAAUCAAGAGGAAAAAUGAUAAAAUCUAGCCAUGAAGGCUCUUUUGUUUGA